AUGUGCUAUAGAUCGCUAUGCAAGCAAUCCAAGUAUCCCGAAGCGGCCGUCGUAGGUUAUAAUAUAAACCUCGAAUUUGGCUUUGGCAUCCAGGUGUUGAGAGGUCUGAAGUGCGCGAUGGCGGCCGUCAAACCCGAGAUCAAGGUCGAUUCCGACGAGAACAAGCCGUUGAUGGACAUUGACGAAUUCGAGGAGGAUACAGAUCUGCAGAUACCGAAUGAGAAAGGGCAAACAUGGCUGAUCAAGGUGUCCGAAGACUUGUGGAAGGCAUGGGCUAAGAUCUAUCAAGAGGCGCCUGGCGACACAGAUCAAAUCGAAAUUGGAAAACUGCGCGUCUUCAAUCCCAAACCAGGCCAGGAUCCCAACAAGCAGGAGAUCCAGAUUCGCCUGAACGAUACUCUCGAGGAACACCAGCCGCUGCCAAAGACCUAUAAUUUGGACAUCAAAUCUAACGGAUACAACAACACUGUGGUAUUUUCAGAGAAGGAUCAAUCUGGUCAAUCGAAAGGAUACAGCAGCGGUCAGAACAGACACCUGGGACCCGGCGCGAAGCCGACCGGCAUCAAUAAGUUCGACCGCUACAACAACUCACAGCCGCGCAAGCCAGGCUCAUAUCGAAGCGCGAUCCCUCGGCAAACCGCGCUUGCGCCUCCCAUACAUCACGAAGCGGUCGCGAAUCCGGUCGAUGAUGACAGCACGUUCCAAUACUUCACCCAAAACUACCAGAAAGCUCUGAUUGGCAGCACCAAGACUAGAUUUAACGACUCUACCAAAUUGCGCCACCCAGGCAUGGACAACGAUAGCUUCAACAUUGGCAGUCUCACGAGCAAGCCAAGAAAGGGUAAAAAGAAGGUGCCCAAGGAGAAGGCUGUGCGCAUGGACAAGGACAAAUUGCUCGAUGCGCUGAAGAACUGCUUCAAGGAGUACCAAUACUGGAGCUUGCGUGCGCUACGGCAAAGGCUCCAGCAGCCCGAAGUUUACAUUAAAGAGACUUUGGAUGAUAUUGCUGUGCUAAUGAGAAGUGGAGAUUUCGUCCAGAACUACAAGCUCAAGCCAGAGUACGAGAGAAUGCUCAGAGAAGACUUGGGUAGUGUGGCAGAGGUGAAGGAGGAACUUGCGCCGGUCAAGAUGGAAGAGACAGAUGACGGUACGGGUGAUGAGAUGGACAGCAGCGAGGAAUUCGAGGACGUCGAUAUGAAGUUGGAUGGAUGAUCUCCUUCCUUGUGGUGAACAGCACUCUUGAUUAUAACGACAGUCGCGCCAUGAUGCGAUACAUUUGGUCUGCAUUUCCUGGCGCUGGAGCAUAACAUACCUGGAACACCACCAUCUCUUCGAACUGCUGGACAUCUCCCACUCUGGCUUGGAUGGCCAAGCCAAGGUUAUUGAAGAGGGCCCACUUCCUCGCGCUGCCUUGACUUCUUUCAGGUCGCGACAGGGAGGGUGACGGAAGAAGGGUAGCGCUGCAGGACUGCGAGAAGGCUGAUUUUGAGUCUCGUGCUGGGCUGUGCUGCUGCAUGUCAUGGUUUCCGGCGACUGCUUGAUAUUUCUGCGUGCUUUGCAUGAGCUGUAAAGUAUCUUUUGGCGUUCCAAACGGCUGUGUGGUCCCGGAGAGGCAAUUAUUUUGGGCUGAAAGGGCUCGCCUACCCAUUCCAUCAGCUAUGUGGGUACAGGACGCCGUGGCGCGCUUCCUGGUCGUAUUAAUGGCCGAGAACGAUUAGCAACAACGACCUGAAUUUCAAGCCGCAAAGGGAGUCCUCCUUCUGCUGGACUUGGUAUGGGGUUAAGCGAUUUGAGCAGGUACAAGGGGUCGCGAUGAAAAGGCGAGCUGCCGCUUUUAUUAAUGGUUACAGUCUUGCAGACAGCACACGAACCUCGUUAG